AUGGAGUUGAAGAAAGAGAAGCUAGUGAGGUUUUACCAUGACGGAAACAAAGACGGUCUUUUUUCAUGGGAAGCAAAUGACACCAACCGCCACCAAGAAAAGCCAUUGCCAAUGAGCAAAGUAUCCGCGGAACCUCUGUUGGAUUCGGGAGGAGUAAGUGUUGGUUCCAGAAACAGAAUUAGUAUUCCGAAAUUCGGGAGGUUUAAGGUUUUCCCAGAGAACCAAAAGCCAUGGAGAAAGAGGAUUCUAGACCCCGGAAGUGAAAUUUUCCUGCAAUGGAACCGGGUCUUCCUCGUCUUCUGCUUACUCGCGCUUUUCGUCGAUCCCUUCUUCUUCUACCUUCCGGCGGUUUCCACUCACGGUACCUCGUCGUGUAUGGGGACCGAUUUGAACUUGGGAAUCGUCGCGACGUGUUUCCGGACGCUUGCCGAUGUGUUCUACUUGUUGCAUAUAGUCAUAAAGUUCAGGACAGCCUAUGUCUCUCCGAGUUCAAGAGUAUUUGGGAAGGGUGAACUCGUUAUGGAUCCAAAGAUGAUUGCAAGAAGGUAUUUGAAAUCUGAUUUCUUCAUAGAUCUCAUAGCUGCACUGCCUCUUCCUCAGAUUGUGAUAUGGUUUAUUUUACCAGCAAGCAGAAGCCAACACUCUGAUCAUACCAACAAUGCCCUUGUGCUGAUUGUUCUGCUCCAAUAUGUUCCAAGGUUAUAUCUGAUUUUUCCAUUGAGUUCUCAGAUCAUCAAAGCCACUGGCGUCGUCACAAAGACUGCUUGGGCUGGGGCUGCGUAUAAUCUCCUACUCUAUAUGCUCGCUAGUCAUAUCCUAGGGGCAUCAUGGUAUUUGUUGUCAAUCGAACGGUAUGCAACAUGCUGGAAAUUGAUAUGCAAAAAGGAAGUCCUCCCCGAAAAAUGCCUUCUUAAGUACAUGGAUUGCGAUGCUUUAGACGACGAUAAUCGCCAUAGAUGGAUGAAUAGUACCACUGUAUUCAGCAGCUGUCAACCGGAACGAGAUAUUUUCAACUAUGGAAUAUUUGGAAAUGCAGUGACCAAUAAUGUACUAUCCACGCACUUUCUUGAGAAGUAUUUCUAUUGUCUUUGGUGGGGCUUACAGAACUUGAGUUCCUAUGGCCAGAGUCUGAGCACAAGCACAUUUGUAGGGGAGACUUGUUUUGCCAUUCUCAUUGCCAUCUUGGGUCUGGUUUUGUUUGCCCACCUAAUCGGAAACAUGCAGACCUAUUUGCAAUCAAUCACGGUGAGGCUUGAAGAAUGGAGGCUAAAGCGAAGAGACACCGAGGAGUGGAUGAGCCACCGUCAACUCCCUCAAAGUCUUCGAGAGCGAGUUAGGCGAUUUGUUCAGUAUAAGUGGCUGGCAACUAGGGGAGUUGAUGAAGAAUCAAUCUUGCACGCCUUACCAACAGAUCUCCGUCGAGACAUCCAACGCCAUCUCUGCUUGGACCUUGUUCGACGUGUACCCUUUUUCGCACAAAUGGACGAUCAGCUCCUCGACGCCAUAUGCGAGCGCUUGGUGUCCUCCUUAAGCACGGAAGGCACCUACAUAGUGCGCGAAGGCGACCCCGUUACAGAAAUGCUCUUCAUCAUCCGAGGGAAGCUAGAAAGCUCAACCACGAACGGAGGCAGAACUGGUUUCUUCAACUCCAUCACUCUAAGGCCCGGUGAUUUUUGCGGCGAGGAGCUGCUCUCGUGGGCAUUGCUUCCAAAGUCCACUCUCAACAUGCCAUCUUCAACAAGAACCGUUAAAGCUCUCGAUGAAGUGGAAGCAUUUGCACUGAGAGCCGAAGACCUCAAAUUCGUCGCCAACCAGUUCAGAAGGCUUCACAGCAAGAAGCUCCAACACACAUUCCGGUUCUACUCCUACCAUUGGAGGACAUGGGCAGCCUGCUUCAUCCAGGCUGCGUGGCAGCGAUACAAGAAGAGGAAGCUCGCCAAGAGCCUUAGUAUGGCGGAGUCGUUUUCUGUCAGUCAUUUAAGCGAACAGAUGGUGGACGAAGCUGAGGGGGGAGAGGAAUAUGAAGGUGAUGAACAGAACAAUGGUGGAAAUGGUUCAAACAGCUCGCAGGGGAAACCCCAUUUGGGUGUGACGAUUCUGGCUUCGAGAUUUGCGGCGAAUACAAGGAGAGGAGCUCAGAAAGUGAAGGUUGAUCAUGUUGAGAUGCCCAAGUUUCAGAAGCCUGAAGAGCCGGACUUUUUAGCGGAGGCAGAUGAUGAAUUAAGUUUGAUAUGAAUUAAUUAAUACUUAAUACCACAUAUUUUGUAGAUGUCAAGUGCUAAAGCUGGUGUAGAAAUUGGAAGCACAUUUGAAAGGGUAGAGAACAUAACACAAUUUCUCAUACAAUUU